CGGGUUUAUUCAAUUACCAGAGGUUACCCCAAUCUUCUGUUCUCGCUAUGCUCAAUCAGCCGAAUGAGGUUCCCCUCACAAAUCAUUACUCAGCACUUCAGCUAUUGCUCCAACACCAACAAUGAAGCGACUUCAAGAAAUGAAAAGGCGAGAUCAACGAAUCGCACUCUAUGGCGACUCUCCACCGCCUCCAAGAACACACGCUCCUUAUCCAGAAGGUGAAGUCAUUUACAGCUGCCUUUAUCGCAACAUAGUCCGACAUGGCAAUACCGUCACAAAGUACACAACACAUCCAGAUGGCAUGGGCGUUAAUGAUCAACCAAACGAGGCAUUGGUAUUAAAAUUCGUCAAAGAGCACACGACGAUACCGGUGCCCGAGGUCAUUAGUUCUGACUGGGAUCGCAUUGAGAUGGAGUACAUUGAAGGCCAAACACUGAAAGAAGUCUGGCCCUCACUUAAACCAGAAGAGCGCACGGCAAUGCUGGCUCAGCUCAAAGAUUACAUUGCCCAGAUGCGCGCGCUAAAAGGUACAUACCUCGGCCGCUUUGAUGGCCAAGGCGUCAUUGUUCCCAGCAUGAUGACUCGAUCCGGCGGGCCUUUCCAUACCAUUGAAUCAUUUCACGACUGGCUUGUUCGACCGCCGAAAAGAAUCACGGAGCAGUCCAUGUACUGGCACCAAAUAACAGAGCAACUUGCGGCUGACUGUCCCAUUGUGUUUACUCACGCCGACAUCUCAUCCAGAAACAUUAUCAUACGCGACGGUCGGAUAGUCGCGCUUCUGGACUGGGAAUGGGCGGGUUGGUAUCCCGAGUAUUGGGAUUAUGUGUUUGCGCUCCGAGGCUUGGAUAAGGUUGAUUGGGAAACGCUGGGGAGUCAGGUGCCGUCGCUAUUCGAGAAGCGCUAUGAUCUUGAGUACAUAUUGGUCAACUUUAUCACUACUCUGUCAUAGAGCUAUGGCUCAUAGCUGCUCUGUACUCCAAGACACUCUGCCAGUCAAAUGC